AUGAACCUACGGCUAGUAUUCAUUUGUAUCGCUGCUUUGUCAAUAUUCAGUACUCCCGCAAAUUCUCAAAGUAUCAUAGACAAUAUAAUACAGAUACUAAAAAAUUUGAUACUGCUAACAACUGGCGGUUUAAAAUUUAUAAGCGAUGCUCUCAAACUGACCGCAAAUGAGCUUCACGAUAUUACGCCGUCGAAUAAACAAGAAUAUGAUUUUAUUAUUGUUGGAGCCGGCAGUGCAGGAGCUACCAUCGCAAAUAGACUGACAGAAAUCGAAGAGGCUAGAGUACUUUUAAUCGAAGCAGGAAGCAAAGAGAAUUUAAUCAUGGAUAUCCCUUUAACUGCCAUUUAUUUAGAACUUGAUAAGAAUAAGCAAUGGGGAUAUUUAACCGAACCUUCAAAUCAAUAUUGCCUAGGAAUCGAUAAUAAACAAUGUAAAAUUCCAUUUGGCAAAGGAAUGGGAGGAACAAGUUCUGUGAAUUACAUGAUGGUUACUCGAGGUAAUAAAAAAAACUAUGAUACUUGGGCUGAACUGACUGGUGACAAUAGUUGGUCUUGGGACGAAAUGCUAAAAUAUUUCAAAAAACUAGAAAAAUAUAAUGUCCCACUAGCAAAUACAAAAAGAGAAGCACAUGGCUAUGACGGGCCAGUACGCGUCACGAACGCAGCUUAUCAAUCUCCGCUUGUACAUGCCUUUGUUGAAUCAGGUAGAGAAUUUGGAUUCCCAACUGUAGUCGAUUACAACAGUGGUCAACAAACAGGUUUCGCUUAUUUGCAAACUAAUCAAAUUAAUGGGGAAAGAAUGAGCGUUAAUCGAGCAUACCUGCAUCCCAUCAAAACUCGGAAAAACUUAUUUGUCAGUAUGAAUAGUCAUGUGAAUAAAGUGUUAAUCAAUCCUGAGACCAAAACUGCUUACGGCGUAGAAUUUACAAAGAGAAAUAGAAAAAUCGAAGUAAUAGCAAGUAAAGAGGUGAUUGUAUGCGCUGGAGCAAUAGGUUCACCAAAAAUUCUUAUGCUCUCCGGAAUUGGUCCAGCAGAACAUUUACAAAGUUUCAAUAUCAGUGUUUUGAAAAGUGCACCUGUUGGUGAAAAUUUGAUGGAUCAUAUUGCUUACGGAGGAUUGUCGUUUUUAACCAAUGAAACUGAAAGUAUUGUAGUACCAGAACUCAUAAAACCAUCCAAUCCUGCUUUAUCGGAUUAUCUUACAAAAAGAUCGGGUCCAUUCACAACACCAACCGCUAUUGAAGGAUUAGGAUAUUUAAACGUUGACGACUCGAGCCUCGACAAUGAAGAGCCGAAUGCAGAAAUUAUAUUCGUCAAUAUACACUUUGGAUCAGAAUUACUAAUGCAUAAAGUUUUCGGGUUUAAAGAAAGUUUCUUUAAAAAAUUCUUUGGUAAUACAAUUUUCCGUCAUGCUUAUGCUCUUUUUCCAGUACUUAUUCAGCCUAAAAGCCGAGGCAAAGUAUACCUACGAAGUGCAGAUCCUAAAGAUAAUCCCAAAAUACAUGCAAAUUACUUUUCUGAUCCCGAGGAUAUACGAGUGGGAAUAAAAAUUAUCAAAGCAGCAAUCGAAAUAACUAAAAGUAAAGCACUUCAACGAUAUGAAUCAAGAAUGAAUGACGCGAUUGUUCCUGGAUGUGAAAAUCACGUACUAGAUUCAGAUUCAUACUGGGAGUGUGCGUUUAGAACUUUUACAUUAACUAUCUGGCACCACUGUGGAACAUGCAAAAUGGGUGCAGAAAAUGAUCCGUCAGCAGUUGUUAACACAAAAUUACAGGUGCAAGGAAUAAAAAAUUUAAGGGUAGCAGAUUCUUCAAUAAUGCCAAUGAUACCAACAGCCCACUUGAAUAUUCCAACAAUUGCAGUUGCUGAGAAAGCAGCUGAUUUAAUAAAAUCUUAUUGGGGAUUUAUCAAUUAA